AUGACGAGGCCACACAUUAUUCGCGCUGACACCAUUGACCUCCAAACCCACGAAGCGCCGUCUGCGCAACGACACCACAGACCGGCCCCCGACGACGGAACCCUCGCCCCACACCAAGCCGAGACUCUUCGCGAGGUCGCCGUCGAAGCCGCCGAAGAAAACCUCCGCAGCCCCGGUGUCGCGUGGAACCCCGAGCCCGACGACAUCCAAGACCUCGUGAUUUCCCUCGACCCGGCCAUUGGUGGCCCGCGAAACGGAGCGGGGGAUACAAUGCGCUCUGGCACCCAGCAGGAUGCGCUGGCUGUUGCCCAGAACGGCGGGCAUGCCGGCCAAGAGGUGGACGAUGGCGACAUCGAGGGGGACGCCGAUGUUGAUCUGGACGACGACAUGAUGGACAAGAUCUCGAGUUCUCCUUCAAUUGAGGAUGGUGGGUCACCGCGUGCUCUUUCGGGUUUUCUCCCCACCACAAUUCUUCCACCACCAACAGCUUCUCCAAGUAUCAGCGACCCGAGGUCUUCUUCACCAUACCUUGAGAGUCCCGAAUACCUGCCAUUGGAAGAGGCAAAUCGCGAAUUGCGCCAGCGCGCAGAAGUAGCACAGUCCCCCCUUGUUAUUAGCCCAAGUUGUCAUCAUUAUCAUGACGGUGAGUUCGAGGCUGUGGCCACUGCCGACGAUGAUGCGGACGACGACGAAGACGACGACAACGACCUGGCGAACAAAACUAGCAGUCUCUUCGAUUGCUUCGACUUUGGCGACAAUCUAUUUUUGCGGGAUGCACGACAAGACAACGGCGCUGAGACGAGCUGGCAACUACCACCAGAACACGCAGAAUAUGAGAUGGGCGAUGGUUUUGAUAUCCAGGAACACGAAUUCGACGACCUCACGGUACCGUACGAUCCCGACGAACUAUACGAUAAUGACGACGACUACUACAAUAAUGUUAAUGUUGAUGAUGAUGAUGAUGACUAUUUUCUUGACUUGCAUACUUCCAGACAUGUCGACUCCGGCUGGGGUGGCGAAUGCUUACAACACACAGAGGACAUCGAUUUCGAUUUCGUCUAUGCUCUCCACACGUUUGUGGCGACUGUCGAGGGGCAGGCCAAUGCGACUAAGGGUGACACUAUGGUUCUUCUCGAUGAUAGCAACAGCUACUGGUGGCUGUUGUCCGCGUCUAUGCUCGGGGAUCAGCCGGACAAGGCGAAAAACGGCAUCAGGUCCGCUAUGAAGAGGAGGAAAGCCAAGAAUGUUCAAUUUGCCGCGCCGACUUAUGUGGACUACUCGGACUUUGAUUAUUCGACGGAAGAAGAGGACGCCGAGAUAUCUGUCUUUGCACAACGACAGCAGCAAGGACAACAAACCCAACAAUCGCAGCAGUCUGCUAGCGAUACAAACAUGGACGACGAGGCCGCCCGGGUCGAACCGUUGAAGCCGAAGUCACAAGCAAAGGCCGAGUCUAAGCGACAGGAGGCUAAUAGCGACGCGGACUUGUUAACUGCCGACAGGGGCUUGUUAGGCGCCGAUGAUGCUGCCGAUGGCAAGGCGGAAGGGCCGAAGAAGUCGAGCGACGGUACUGUUCGGGACUCAUUCUUCAAGGAUGAUACCGUCGAGACCAAGAAGAUCACGCUGACACCAAACCUGCUGCGUGAUGAUACUGCACCGCGCACCUCGGGCGAGUCUAAGGAAAUGAAGCAGCGGCCGAGCUUGGACAAGCUCGAAAAGGACAACGUUUUUACCAAGGACGACAAGAAGAAGAGCAAGAAAGAGAAAGAAAAGGACAAGAAGCCUGGUGGCUUGCGGGGCUUCUUCUCUCGGAAAGACAAGAAGUCGAAGGGAGAGGAGGACGACGACUCGUUUGGGAAGCGGUCGAUGGACGCAGACGCUCCGGAAAAGGACGAUGACGAGGAGGCGCAACCAUCACCGGAGAAGUUGGGGCCACAACGAACACCAAGCAAGCUGCAAAAGCAGCCCAGGGGCGACCCGUCCCCGACGAGGAAAUCAAAGGAAAAUGGCGGGGAAGCCAAAUCAUUUUGGUCGGAUGGGAGGGUCAACAACGUCGCAAACGUCCCGCCGACAUCGAUGCGCCUCGUCGAAGCCAGUCCGAAAGGGUCCCCGCAAACAAGCCCACGAGAACAACAAAUCGAGCAGGAAACGCCUGUCAAAGCCAAACCCACAAAGCCCGUCAAGGCCAAGGCCGCAAAAUCGCGGGUCGAACUCGACGACUUCGACAGCGACGAGGAAAUUAUCCAGGCCCCAACACGGGACGACCCGGCUUCGGAAGAAGCCACCCAGCAGCAGCCGCAGCCCUUCCAGAACAACAUCAACGAAGCUACAGCGGAAAUCCAGCCUGCGCUAGCACCACCCCCAUCAAGGCCCGCCCCCGCUGCGCCUACCGAGACGGUGUCGCCGCGCACGGUCACCGAAUCACCGGUCCAGGAGUCCCCCAUCAGCAGCAGCAACCCGCCGCAGCUGAUGGCAGACCACUCAAGCCAGGAAGAGGACCGGGCCUCACCAGUAUCCACACCCUCGCCGGAGCCGGUCGAACACGAGGACGCCGACACGUCCGGUCAUAAAACGGCAACCACGCCGUCCACGGCUCGGUCCGAAUCCUGGGACGACGCCAAUCUACGGGCCUUCUUCGACUCGGGCUCUGAUAUUCGCGACUUGUUGAUGGUGGUGUACGAUAAAAAUAAUGUGGACGAUGUCGGACCUGAUCAUCCUGCAGCAGGGUCGUUAUUCAGGGAGCAAAAUGCCAAAUUGGCGGAAAUUACGACGCGCCUUGAUGAUAUGCUUGGGGAUUGGCUGGCUCGUAAGCAGAGACUGCGCGGUUCUGUCUGA